GUCCGGCCAUAUUGACGGAUUGAGACUUCUUGAUUGUUUCCACUGAUCUCCUGUCUCCUGUCUCUCAAACAUCCUCCUCCGCCGGAUGGCUUGGUCGAUUGAUGCACUGCUUUCGGAAUGACAUCUGUAGAUGAACUCUUCCGGGGGACCAGCGCUGGUUCCAAGCGUAAACUUGAGGACCCGACCACCGCCUUCUCCCAUGCGCUCUCCAACAAAUCCACCAAAGUCACCAACGGAUCCUCUCCGCGCAGCCUAACCAUCGACAACCACGAUUCCAAUGGCUCUGGCAACCCCGCUGCGUCUGUACAGGACGAUACCCUAGAUGGUCAAGAUGACAUCGAAGCCGGGCCAUCGUUACCGCCCGACGGAGUCGAGGACGAACCCGGUGACGAUGAGGAAGGCCGCUUCUUUGGCGGUGGGGUGUCAAAACAAGAGCGCGAAUUGAUAGACUACAUUGACAAGAACGAUGACGGGGACGCAGAGGAGAAGUUUGAUUCUGCCUGGCUGCGUCGUACCGCAAUCAAUUUCGAACGAAAGAUCAACAAGAACGCGGAGUUGCGCGCCAAAUAUGAAAAUGACCCGAUGAAGUUCGUGGGAAGUGAGGCGGAUCUCGAUGCGGAAAUCAAAGGCUUGAGUGUGCUCAGCGAGCACGGCGAGUUGUACAAGGAAUUUGUCAAAAUGGGCUGCGUUGGCAGCCUCGUCGGGCUCCUCGCGCAUGAGAACACUGAUAUUGCCAUUGCGGUUUGCGAACUGUUAGCAGAGCUUACAGACGAAGACGCCUCGACUAACGAGGAUCAGUGGAAGAUCCUCGUUGAAGCAAUGCUACAGCAUGAUCUUGUGGACCUUCUUUCAAGCAACCUCAGUCGGCUCGACGAGGACAGUAACGAAAGCGAUAGGGCUGGCGUUUACCACAUCCUGAAUGUACUCGAGAACAUUUUGUCAGACGCGAAGAACCAGGAGAUCGUGGGUGCCAAUGACAAAAUGAUGCAGUGGCUGCUGGCAAGGAUCAAGAAGGUUGACCCUUAUGCCCGCGGCAAGGUUGGGCAAAACCGCCAGUAUGCGGCAGAGAUCCUUGCUAUCCUUCUACAAUCCAAUAGAGCGAAUCGUGAUCGCCUUGCACAAAAAGAAGGCGUCGAUAUGUUUUUGGAGCUGCUGAGCACAUAUGCCAGGAGAGAUCCUGAGAAGGACUCCGACGAAGAAGAGUAUGCUGAGAAUCUCUUCGAUUGCUUGGCUUGCGUCGUCGAGGAGAGACUGGGAGGAGAGAAAUUCGUCGAAGGUGAAGGCGUCGAGUUAUGCCUUAUCAUGCUCCGAGAAGGGCGGCUCGCAAAGGCGAGAGCGUUGCGCGUCUUGGACCAUGCAAUGAGCGGAGGCAAUGCGAUCGUGGUUUCAAUGAGAUUGGUGGAAGCGGCUGGGCUGAAGACUGUGUUCGGGAUGCUUAUGAAAAGCCAAAAAAUGGAGAGGAGCCUGGUGGAACAUCUAAUCGGCAUACUGGCCAGCUUGCUAAGAUAUCUUCCCGGAGGAUCUGCAGCGAGGAUACGUACGCUGGCCAAGUUUGUCGAAAACGACUACGAGAAGAUCUUGCGACUGGUGGAACUACGGCGAGAGUACAAGACGCGUCUCAGCAGAGUUGAGGCCUCUAUAAGAAGAGAGAGGGAACAAAUAAGCGACGCCGAGGCUGAAGCGUUAGCUGAUGGGUGGCUCUCCCGCCGCCUCGAUGCGGGACUGUUUUCACUGCAGGCUAUCGAGCUAAUUCUUAGCUGGAUGGUGGCUGAAGACAACGGCGCGCGGCAAACGAUAGCCGUGCUGCUUGGUGAGGAUGGACUGAAGAUACUGGAGCGGAGCCUCAGAGAUCAAAUCGAGGGUAUGGACCACAGUCAAAGUGAUGAAGCUAAGGCUACUGAAGAGAUGCUGGAAGCGUUGCUCCUGUGCGUCGAGCAGUAAAAAUAGCAAGCAGCCUGGAUAGCAAAGUGAUCAAGUAGCAUUGAUCAUAAAGUACCAACAAUCGAAGAUACCCAUUGUUGUGAUGCCGCAA